GUCCACAGUCCGGUGACAAUGUGCAUGGUAUUUGUAAAAAAGUGACAAACGUCAGGCGGUUUUCUCGAUUUUUGCCGUAUUUUCGAAGUUUUUGUGUUUGGUGACUGUAUUGUUAAUUUUUUGUGAUGCAUCUAUUGUGAUUUGACAAAUAAUAAUAAUAAUUCAGAAUGAAACUUCCCGAAAUUAUCUCCUCCAAAACCGACAUGCUACUCCACGCCCUAAAAAUCUACUGGAAAAGCCUCUUCGUCCUCAUCUACCCUCUCGUCCUCCUGCCCCUCUUCCUCACCAACAACACCACCGCCUUCAGAUGCCUCUACGUCGUGUGCCUCAUGGCAGGCUUCUGGGUCUUCGAAGUACUGCCCCUAGCCAUCACCGCCCUUCUGCCCAUGGUCUUCUUUCCCCUCAUGGGCAUUAUGGACUCGGAGAAGACCUCGCUUUGCUACCUCAAGGAGACCAACAUGAUGUUCGUGGGGGGCCUCAUCAUAGCUAUAGCCGUCGAACACUGCAAUUUGCACACGAGGGUGGCGCUGCACGCCAUAAGGGUGGUCGGAUGUAGCCCCAGGCGACUCAACAUCGGCCUGUGCACCGUCACCAUGUUCGUGUCGAUGUGGAUUUCGAACACGGCGGCGGCCGCCAUGAUGAUUCCCAUCAUCGAGGCGACGUUGACCGCCCUCGAGGAGCAGGGCAUUGGGGAGAUGUACGAAAGCGAAGAGCUCGAUGGCGACAUCGCUCACGUGAGCGUCGAGGGCGAGUCGAAGAUGCCCACCAAGACGACCAUGUGCUACUUCAUUUCGAACGCGUACGCGGCUAGUAUCGGGGGGUGCGGGUGCAUUAUUGGUUCCGGCACGAAUUUGACUUUCAAGGGGUUGUACGAAACUUUGUUUCCGGAUAGUCCAGGUGUGGAAUUCACGAAAUGGAUGAUCCUCAACGUACCCCUGAUGCUGAUCAUAAUGUACGCGGGCAUCGUGUGGAUGCAAUUCUGGUUCAUGGGCCUGUUCAGGCCGAGCAGCGUGGACGCUAAAAAAAUCCGGGUCGGUCAGCAAGGGGAGGCGGUCGCCCGGAAGCUGAUCAACCACCAAUUGGAGCAGAUGGGGCCGAUGUCCUUCCACGAGAAGGCCGUCGGGCUGUGCUUCGUGCUGUCCAUCACCCUGUGGUUCUUCAGGAAGCCGCAGUUCGUCACCGGGUGGGCGGAGCUUAUCACCGAUCACAAGGUUAAGGACGCGACCGCAGCCCUCAUAGUCGUCCUCAUCAUGUUCGUCUGCCCCUCCAAACCUGACUUCAUCCACGCGUUCAGCAAGGACGAAUCUAAACGGCCGAAAACCGCCUCCACCGCUCUGGUCUCCUGGAAGAUCAUCCAGCAAAAGAUGCCCUGGGGCCUGAUCUUCCUGCUGGGUGGCGGGUUUGCCAUGGCCGAGGGCUCCAAGGUCAGCGGCAUGAGUCACAUGAUCGCCGAGCACCUGCGCGGGUUCGCCACUCUGAACAAGUAUUACGUCAUGAUGAUUUCGGGCGGUAUGGCGGCGGUGUUGACGCAGUUUUCUAGUAACGUGGCGUGUGCUAACGUCAUUUUGCCCGUGCUAGCAGAAAUGUCCGUGGUGGCGAAGAUCCACCCGAUGUACCUGAUGAUGCCGGCCGCCCUUUGCUGCUCCUUCGCGUACUGCCUGCCCGUCUCGACACCGCCAAACGCCAUCGCCGCCGGGCCCUGCAACAUGCCCUCCACCGAGAUGGUCAAAGUUGGCCUGGGCAUGACGGUCAUCUCCAUGGCGGUGCUCUUCACCGUCUUCCCCUUCUACGCACCGCUCAUCUGGGACCUGGACGUCUUUCCCGUGUGGGCCAACUCCUCCGAUUAAGGAAGUUGAUAGCUCUGACUAUAUAACAAUAAUAUAGAUACCGCAAUGUAUUUAUAAAUAAUUGAAAAGUCUAUGCCAACAAGCCUAUAAACUCCGAACACAGAUGAAUGAAUGAAUGGAAUCGCGAAUGGUGGGGAUAUCUUCGCGGAAUGAUUGCCGUAGAGUUGCGAGAUUCUUCAUAGAUAUAAAUGAGGAUAGAUAGACAGCGCGAUUCAUUCAUGAAUCAUUGAAAAAUAUCCUCCAACUGGGCCGUGUGCUUCUAAGAAUUGAUUCCUUCCUGGAAAUUUCUUUUUCUCGUAACUCUUUUCUCUGAUUUUUGGGAAAUAUUUCAAUUUUUUCGUGUUGAUGCUCGGAAUAUUCGUUUGCUGUCGUGAAUGGUAUGACGCAUUAUCUAUAACUAUCACUGAAUUUGCACCUGCAACAUGACCUCUACCGAGAUGGUCAAAGUGGGCCUGGGCAUUACAGUUAUUUCCAUGGAGGUGCUCUUCACCGUCUUCCCCCCCUACGCGCUGCUUAUCUCUGGGACCAACUCCUCUGAUUGAAUAGAUUCAUUCGUAAAUCAUUGAAAAGUGUACGCCAAUAAGCCUGGAUGCGUGAAUUAAUGUUGAAAGGUUGAUAGGGUUCCUAAGUAUAUAGUCCUUAUAUAUUGGAUACAAAAUAAUCACGUGAUAAAUUUUGGGAGCAGAAAAACUUUAAAUGCAUGCUGUUGGAACAAGCUCGGCAGCUUUCACGGUUAUUUAUAUAAAAAAAUACUUUUGAAAUUAGCCGAUUCUUGGUGAAUAUAGGUAUCACGUAUAUGUCAAAAGAUUCAGCUUCUCUCCUGAUGAAAUCAUGUGUUUAGUGAUAGUUAUACUUGACUUUCAGUGACGUCCAAAAAAUCGGAAAUAAAUGCGGUCAUUUGGAAUUUAUGAUGGCAUCUUAUUACAUUUGGCAAUCAACUCCAUGUCGAAGGAAUUAUUGCAAUUUUUGCAAGUUAUAUGAUGAGCGAUGAAGUAGGUUGGUAUAGCUAUAUGAUAAUAUGUCUACAGUAAUGUAAAUUAUUAUGAUCAAUACAUAAUAUAGGUAGGUAAUUAUAUAAUUUAUUUGAAUUGAAUUGAAUGAUAUGAUGUGGAAUGAUCACUCAGGCUAUAUUCAUAAUUCAACUGGUCAGUAAUGUCAGUAAAUCCAUACCUACUGACUCUGCUGAAGAUCUGUGUUCCGAAAUAUAAAAUCGAAAAUACAGAAUCGGAACUUUGUCAGUUAUCAGGUUUUCACUUCAUGUUAUAGUUUCUCGUUCACCUGAACUAUAGAUAUUAUUCUCAGCGUCAAUUAUAUCAAUUACAGGCAUUUUCUGAUAUCAAAAACUGCAUUAUUGAUCUCUAUUAUUGAUUAAUAAACGGAAAUGAAUAAAAUAAAAGAAUGACAGUUUACCGGAGCGUUUUGAUAGUCAGCAAUUUCAGCAGAAAGUUGAGUCGAAAUAUUUUGCAUUCAUUAAUAUUAUGUCUGCUCACAAGGAUCUGCAGAAUCUUUCACUUUCAGUGAAUUUUUUGAUUUCGCAAUGAAAAAUCAACAGAUUCAGUAGGUACUGUCAGUUGAAUUCGGAAUAUAUAGCCUCAGUCAGCGAACACCGUAUAUUUCUCUCGUUCUGAGUUUGAUGAAUUCGUAGACAAUUUUUUGGAGAUAUGAAAGAUACUCACCUUGAUAGUGAGUGAAAAAUAGUGUUAGAUAAUGAAUGAUCUAUCAUGGAGAUGUUAUAAAAUAAGCACAGGAAAAUAGUUAAUAUUCGUUUUAAAUAUUAAUAGUUUUCUAGCUGUAUCAUUUCAGGAACUAAUAAAGCAUAAAACAUG